AUGGGCGCGGCAAGCCGACACAAUAGGGAUUGCAAUCCGAAGAGCUUUGCUUGGAGAAAAGGAACAUGUAUCACACGUGUAAAAUCUGAGAACGUAACUCACGAAUAUUCUACUAUAGCGGGUAUUCAAGAAUCGGUCCACGAAAUUUUAAUGAAUUUGAAAGAAAUUGUAUUGAGAAGUAAUCUAUAUGGGACUUCUGAGGCGUUUAUUUGUGUAAGAAAUCGUCGACGAUAUACAAUAGCUAACUUGACAGAACCAAUUAAUUUGUCUAUUGGAUUAGAAAUCAAUAGAAAUGGGCAAAAAAUGCCACCUACCGUUCAAGGUGGAAGUUAUCCUACAAAUGUUGUAUUCACGCCUGUUCGAGAUGUCAGUAUUCAUCACUAUGAGAGUGGGAAUGAAAAAAAAAGAGAUAUUGUUUCUCGAAAUAUGGACAAAUUCAUGUGUACGUUGGAUGUUAAAAAAAGAGUUUUGAUAUGA